GUCAGGGUGCACCACGGGCACGGCAACCACGGCUGGCUGUAUCGGCAUUGACCUCUUGGACAUCGCAUCACUGUUGAAUCCGUUCAGCUCGGCUGAAAAAAAACAGACCUCAAGAAAUUGUAAAGAUGAUGUGUCGCAUACAACUCCUGUGCACUCGGUGAAAGAUCAAGGUCACAUUUCAAGUUGAUCAGCAGAAACUCCCAAUAACGCAGAACCGACUUUUUUCCCGCCUGCAUCUGCAUCAUCACAGCUAGAUUACUGAAACCAAGUGAGAAGAUGGAAGAAAUACUUUGCAGAGAGAAGCAAGUGAAAAUUUUACGAGACAUAAUGGGCAAGCCCCAUCAGAUGACACCUCCGGCCCUGUUCCUGUACGGACACACUUCCACUGGUAAAUCCCUCGUGUUAGGAUCCAUACUCAAGUCUAGUCAGGUGCUCCAUGUGAUCGUGAACUGUGUCGAGUGUUACAGUCAGAGGUUCCUGUUUGAACACGUUCUCAAUGCAAUUCGCGCUGACGGGGCAGCCAUAUUGGACACCAGCACACUUAUCAAGUGCGAUAACAUGAGCGACUUUGUACGUUUACUCCAACAGGAAGUUGUAGCAAAGAAGCUUGAUAUGCAGACUGUGUAUAUUGUGCUUGACAAAGCCGAGCGUCUGCGUGACAUGGAGCAGAACAUUCUCCCAGCAUUCCUCAGGCUUCAGGAACUGACUGGUUUGAACCUGUGUACGAUACUGGUGUCUGAGAUAGUGUGGGAGAAGUACCGCUUUGGGACAGGAUUCCUGGAGCCCCUUGUAAUACAGUUCCCAGACUACUCCAAAGAUGAGUUAGUUGAGAUCAUCUGCCAUGACCGACCUGAGGACUAUCCUGAGGGUUUCUACAAUAUGUAUGUGAACCUGGUUCUCAAUAUCUUCUACUACGCCUGCAGGAACCUCAAAGAAUUGCGGCACUUGGUGACACUAAAUUUCAAGACUUAUGUCCAGCCUAUCAAUAGUGGAGAAGCCACAAUGGGUGACACCAAGAAGCUCUGGAAGCACAUUGAGCCACAUCUGAAGAAGGCGCUGUGCACGCUUUAUCUACGUGAGGUCUCAAGCUCUCAGUGGGAACGAUACCAGCAGGAAAUUGAGACAGCAGACAAUGUAGGGCUGCAAGGUUUGACCCACAGGUCCCACGUAGAGUUGCCCUAUUACUCCAAGUACCUGCUGAUUGCCGCGUACCUCGCCUCGUACAAUCCUGCCAAGUCUGACCGCAAGUUCUUUGCAAAGAAUUCUGGGAAAGUUAACAAGAAAGUUCAGCUAAACCAGGCCAAAAAGAAAGACAGGACCAGCAACCACAUGUUGGGUCCGAAGCCUUUCCCACUAGAUCGACUUCUAGCCAUAUUCUACUCCAUUGUUGAGGGGAGAGUAGCUCCUACUGCAAAUAUUUUCAUGCAGAUUACCUCCCUUGUGAGUCUCCACUUCCUUGGUCAUGCUACGGGGGAGGAUCAAAUAGAGCAGCCCAAAUACAAGUGUUUAGUCUCUCUGGACUUCAUUAAGGCUGUGUCAAGGACUGUCAAUUUUGAGGUGACAAGAUAUUUAUAUGACUUUGCCUGAGGUGGGACCUACAAAGGGUCGACAGAGUUCCAAAGACAGUGGUCGACUAGUUGAAGUUGACCUUUCACUUUGAUGGUUGACUUCUUACCAAUAAGUGUUUACAAGUGCGGUCAUGGCAACUACCUGGUAUAUGUGAUUGUGUAAAAUUAAUGUAUUUCAUGAGAACACAAAUUGGAAUUAUGAAAAAGAAAACACAACUAAUGAGCAAGACAAUACUUUUGUGUAACGGAAUAUUAUACUUAGUUUGAAUUUUUGUUAAUUCUAAAAAGGUUAUUGAAUGUGCAUAUGUACACUGCUUUCUUGUGAACAUUAUCUGGUCAAUCACCGUUCUGAAUGAAAAUGAAGAUGAACUUUUAAUGUGUUAUAAAGCCAUCUGGUUCUUGUGGACUUAGUGAAGUGCCUCUCAGGUGGACUGGAUCUUUUGGACUUAGUGAAGUGCCUUGCAGGUGGAAACAAUUAUUGAUCUUAUAUAUAUAUAUAUAUAUAUAUAUAUAUAUAUAUAUAUAUAUAUAUAUAUAUAUAUAUAUAUAUCUCUGGACAAUUUUCCAAUGCACAAUUAUAUGUUACUUUGAAAAACCCAAAUAUUAUUAUACCCCCAUUACCAAUGGUAAUAUGGUAAUGCUAUAUAGGAGUCACUUUGUCGGUCUGUCUGUCAGUCUGUCCCGAAAGCUUGUCCGGGCCAUAACUAAGUUGUUCAUUGUGAGACAUUAAAAUCAUUCGGCACAAUUGUUCACCAUCAUUGGACGGUUUGUCGCGCGAAAGAAUUACGUCGAUAUCUCAAAGGUCAAGGUCAAACUUUUAGUUUAAAGGUAAAAAAUGGCCAUAAAUGAGCUUGUCUGAGCCAUAACUUUGUCAUUUAUUGUGAAAUUUUAAAAUCAUUUGGCAGAUUUGUUCACCAUUAUUGGACGGUGUGCCGCACACAAAAUUAACGUUGAUAUCUCCAAGGUCAAGUUCACACUUUGAGUUCAAAGGUCAAAAAUGGCCAUACAUGAGCUUGUCCAGGCAAUAACUAUGUUGUUCAUUGUGAGAUUUUAAAAUCAUUUGGCACAUUUGUUCGCCAUCAUUGGACGGUGUGUCACGCGAAAGAAUUAAGCCGAUAUCUUCAAGGUUAAGGUGACACUUUGAGAUCAAAGGUCAAAAAUGGCCAUAAAUGAGCCAAUGUCUGGGCCAUAACUAUGUCGUUCAUUGUGAGAUUUUUAAAAUUAUUUGGAACAUAUGUUCACCAUCAUUGGAUGGUAUGUCACGCGAAAGAAUAACGUUGAUAUCUACAUGGUCAAGGUCACACUUUGAGUUCAAAGGUCAAAAAAGGCCAUAAAUGUGCUUGUCUGGGCCAUAUCUAUGUUGUUCAUUGUGAGAUUUUAAAAUCAUUUGUUCACCAUCAUUGGACGGUAUGUUGCACGAAAGAAUUAUGUCGAUAUCUCCAAGGUCAAGGUCACACUUUGAGUUCAAAGGUCAAAAAUGGACAUAAAUGAUAAUGGCAUAAUAAUGCUUAAAAAUCGCCAUAAAUUAGCUUCUCUUGUUUUGUGCAGACAGCAUUCAAAAUAGUCUGUAUCAAUGCGGCACGUGGGGGUAUACGUCAUGUCUGUGACAAAGCUCUAGUUAAUAAUUAUUAAUAUUAUUCAUAAAUUACAGAAAUAUGAGAUGCGCUCUGUGAAAAGGGGGUUUAAAGCAUGUGCAUAAAGUUUUGUCCCAGAUUAGCCUGUGCAGUCUGCUGAGGCUAAUCAGGGACAACACCUUCCACUUUUAUUGUUUUUUUUGUUUAAAGGAAGCCUGUUCUUGACGAAAAUCCAGUUAAUGCGGAAAGUGUCGUCCCUGAUUAGCCUGUACCGCACUGGCAUGCUAAUCUGGGACCACACUUUACGCACUUGCAUUAAAACCCAUUUUCACAGAGUUCCCAUAUACUUAAACAUAAUUGAAUCUAGCAAAUAUUACUGUAAGUAAGAUAUAGUUGCUCUUGUUUCCUCUGCAUGUUGAAUUAUCAGGGUAUAAUAUCACUUUAAAAACAAAACUUUACCACAUUUGUGUUCAUUUCUUAUUGAUAUUGAAUAAACAAUAAUUUGAUCCUAAAUUAUAGUUUGAUACUUUUCUUUUAUCAGAAUAAUAAUUUUAGAGGUGAUGCUCAUGUUCAGUAAAUUAAAAUAAUUACUAAUAAAAAUAGAAAAACAUA